AUGAGCGAGCCACACAUCAAAAGGGAGGACUCACCCGGUGCGGAAGCACGGAGGGAGGAUUUGCUUCAAUACGGAGACAGUCUACAGCCAGACGACGAUAGGUACCCGAACCGGCCGCAUAACCACUCGACUACACUGCUCUUUUCGGAGCUUUUCCGCUGCUUUUUCAACCCUUUGAGUGAGGUCAAAGCACAGCCCGCCGUUCUUGGGCCGGCGCGAUUGAAGGCAGGCUUUGGGCCUGGCUCAUCGCGACUUUCUCCCCAUGACCAGCGACGUGCCAUCAUCCAGCGAUUUAUAUCACGAUGGAGGACAGAGGUGGGGAAUGACUUUUAUCCUGCGCUGCGACUCAUCCUCCCGGACAAGGAUCGUGAUCGCAGUGUGUACGGGCUAAAAGAAAACACCAUUGGCAAGCUCCUGGUGAAGCUUAUGAAAAUCGACAAAAAUUCUGAAGACGGUUUCAACCUAAUCCAUUGGAAGCUCCCCGGGCAGAGUGUAAUCAGCCGCAUGGCCGGUGACUUUGCGGGGCGCUGCUACGAAGUUCUUGCCAAGCGCCCGUUACUGACAGAAGUGGGCGACCUACGCAUCGGCCAGGUGAAUGCGCUUUUAGACAAACUGGCAGAUGCUAGUGGCGAAUCAGAGCAAUUGCCUAUAUUCGAAACAUUCUACGAGCACAUGAACCCCGAGGAAUUGACUUGGCUCAUUCGCAUCAUUCUCAAGCAGAUGAAGAUCGGUGCGACUUACGCCGGGUUUGCUGGGAGCUCUACGACCCGCAAGUUCGAUUAG